AUGAAGAUCCUUUUACCACUGACCUUUCUGGUUUUUAUUAGUUCUCCAGGUUGGACAAUAGAGAGGCACUACUACAUAGGCAUUAGAGAAACUACUUGGAAUUAUGCUCCUACUGGUAAAUAUAUGCUCAAUGUAAUGCCUAUUUCAGAAGAUCAAGAGUUUCAGUCCCAAACUCUAAAACAAAGCCAAGAUAGGAUAGGACCUGUUUAUAAAACGACUUUGUAUUUUGAGUACACAGAUGAUACAUUUCAAACGAUCAUUGAGAAACCAUCCUGGUUGGGAUUUUUAGGUCCAAUCAUGAAAGCAGAGAUUGGAGACCUCAUUUGUGUACAUGUGAAAAAUUUUGCUUCAAGAAACUAUAGUUUCCAUCCUCACGGAAUCACCUGCACUAAAGAAAAUGAAGGCACUCUCUAUCCUGAUAACACUACAGGCCCGCAAAAGGAAGAUGACCGGCUAGAGCCAGGGGCAGAGUAUACUUACCGGUGGUUUGUAGAAGAAACUCAGGGGCCUUGUCCCAAUGACCGUAACUGCAUGACACGGAUGUACCACUCCCAUGUAGAAACUCUCAAAGAUGUGGCUUCAGGACUUCUUGGACCAAUUCUGACUUGUAAAAGAGGAACCCUGGAUACAGACAUGGAAAAAAAUAUCCACGAGUCUUACGUUCUGAUGUUUUCUAUAACUGAUGAAAACCGUAGCUGGUAUAUCAUUGACAAUAUUAAUAUAUCUACUGAAUCUGGCCAAGUUAAUGCUAGAGAUUCUGGCUUCUGGGAGAGAAAUCUCAUGUGCUCAAUAAAUGGAUACAUGUAUGGAAAUCUGCCCAAUCUCACCAUGUGUGCAGAAGACAGGGUCAAGUGGUAUUUUGUUGGCAUGGGAGGUGUGUUGGACACACACUCCAUCUUUACCCACGGACAAACUCUGAUCUCUCGGAAUCACAGAAAAGACACCGUUACUGUCUUCCCUGCCUCAAUGCAAGAUGCCUUCUUGGUGGCCAAGGGUGCUGGAGAGUGGAUGAUGGGCUGUCAGAUACAUGAGGGUAUGCAGACCUUCUUCAAUGUAAGGAGUUGCCAAAACCCUUCGACAGAUGUUAUUGGGACACAAGUUUUACAUUAUUAUAUUGCUGCCGAAGAAAUUUUUUGGAACUAUGCUCCAUCUGGUAUAGAUUUCUUCACUGGAAAUAAUUUAACAGCAGCUGGAAGUGAAUCCCGGCUCUAUUUUGAACAAGGCCCAAACAGAACUGGAGGAAUUUACAAAAGACUAGUUUACUCUGAAUACACAGAUGCUUCCUUCCAAACACAGAAGGCAAAAGCAAAUCACCUCGGACUCCUUGGUAAAAUUAUUUCAUACCCUGGUGAGAAACUCUAUACCGUCUUUAAAAAUAGUGCCUCAAGGCCGUAUUCUAUUCAUGCUCAUGGGGUGAAAACAAACUAUUCCACUGUUGUUCCAACACAGCCAGGAGAGAUCCGAACAUACAUUUGGCAGAUUCCUGAAAGAGCUGGUCCUACCUCAAAGGACUUUGAGUGCAUACCUUGGUUUUACUAUUCAACUGUGGCCGUGGUUAUGGAUCUUAAUAGCGGACUGGUAGGUCCUUUGAUUGUAUGUUGAAAAGACACCAAAGCCAGCAUAGUUCACCGUGUUCUCCACUUCAUGAUUUUUAAUGAGAAUGAAUCCUGGUACUUUGAAGAAAACAUCAAUACCUAGUCUCAAGAAUCAAACCAAGUAGACAGGAGUGAUGCUACUCUUGACCUCAGCAACCAAAUGCACGCAAUUAAUGGAAGAAUGUUUGGAAAUAACCAAGGCCUGACAUUUCAUGUUAGGGAUGAAGUGAAUUGGUAUCUGAUUGGCAUGGGGGGUGAGUUUGACCUGCACACAGUUCCCUUUCAUGGUCACAGCUUUCAAUACACGGAUUCGGGAGAGUAUCACUCUGAUGUUUGUGACCUUCCUCCUGGGAUCUAUCAAACUGUAAAAAUGUAUCCAAGAGAUGUUGAAAUCUGGUUAUUUCAUUGUCAUAUCAAUGUUCACAUUGGGGCUGGAAUGGAAAGUACUUACACUGUAAUCGAGUGAAAAGCUAAAAUUGCUGAAGAAGAAAAACUUCAGGGAUGA